GAGUCACAUUAUGCACCGGGAGAGGAAAUCUAAGCAAAGAGAGACAGCAAGGACUGGAGGAAUGUUUCAACCUGAAGCGCAAUCAAGGCUGGACGUCAGACUUCUUUCCUGAGUUACCAACUGAAAUUCUGCAUCAGGGAACUUUUGAUAUCAGAAGUUCAGAAGUUAAGGCGACAUCAUGGCGACAGAAACACCCGUGUCAGAUGAUCAUCAGCCUCUGAAGCGGAUCGGCAGUUAUGAUUUCCUGCCACCUAACCUGUCUGAGCUGAGGGUCGUUCUGCUGGGGAACAGCUGGUCUCAGAGGAGUUCAGUAGGAAACUUCAUCCUAGGAGAGACCAAGUUCAACACUAAGGCAGAACCAGGCUGCUGUCUGAAAGCCUCAGGAGGAUUAAAGGAGAAACAGAUAGUUCUGAUCAACACUCCAGACCUGCUGCACCCCAACAUCUCUGAAGACAAACUGACUCAACAUGUAGAAAAGUGUAAGAGUCUCUCUGGUCCUGGACCUCAUGUGUUCCUGCUGGUUCUACAGCCUGAGGACUUCACUAAGGAACUCAAAGAGAAGCUCUGCGGGGUCCUGAAAUGCUUCAGUCAUCGACCAUUGGAUCAUUCAUUCAUCCUGAUAACGACAUCUAGAGAGGCGCAUUCAAGCUUCAUGGACCAAGACCAGCCCUUAAAAGACAUGAUCGAAAUGUGUAGAUACAGAUACCUGAACCAGAAGAACCUUAAACGUCCAGAGCUGUUCACACGUUUGGGUCAAACUGUAAAAGAGAACAAUGGAGAGCUUGUGAGAUGUGACAAGUUUGAGGAAAAGGGUUUGAUCGUGACACCAAAGUCUGACCAGAUGAAACCAUCUCUGAACCGGGAAGCAGGGAAGACUUCAGCAGCCAGGGCCAUUUUACGUCAGACAGAGCUUCAUUCAGUCUCCAACUCCUCGGAGAGCAUUAAAUAUCAGGGAGAGGUGUGUGGACCUAUAACGAUGUCAACCAAGGCUGAGAUGGAGAAGGUUUCAAAGCUUAAAGCUGAAGUCAAUGAUUUAAAACCUAAAAGUAAGAUUGGAGUAGAUGUUGAGCAUUGGGGCAGAGAGUGUCUCCGGAUGGUGCUGAUCGGGAAGACUGGCAGUGGAAAGAGUGCAACAGGAGACACCAUUUUGGGCAAAGAAAGCUUUACAUCUGCUAUUUGCUCAAAGUCAGUGACCAAGUUUUGCAAGAAAGCAACAGGAGAGAUUGAUGGACAGCCCGUCAUCGUAGUCGACACCCCCGGCCUGUUUAACACGACUCUGACGAAUGAUGAAGUUAAAGAGGAGCUGGUGAAAUGUGUCAGCCUGUUGUCUCCUGGACCUCACGUGUUCUUACUGGUGCUGCAGAUCGGACGCUUUACAAGAGAGGAGAAAGAGUCUGUGGAGCUCAUCAAGAAAUAUUUUGGAAAGAAGUCUAGAGAAUUCAUCGUCAUUGUAUUCACCAAAGGAGAUGAACUGGGAAAUCAAACAAUUGAGAGUUACUUAGAGGACUGUGACGACUCUCUGAAAAAACUGAUAAAAGACUGUGGAGGCAGAUACCAAGUCUUCAAUAACAGGAAUCCAACCGAGCGCACCCAAGUCAGAGAUUUGAUGACGAAAACCUACAAAGUGAUGGAGGCGAGUGGAGGCGGUUGCAACACCUCAGAGAUGUUCAAAAAGACCGAAGCAGCAAUGAAGAAAGAGGUGGAGAGAAUUCUGAAUGAGGAAGAUGAAGAAAUGCAGAGACAGAAGGAGACGCUCCAAAAAAAACACAUGGAAGAAAUGAUUGCAAUGAAGAGAAUGAUGAAACAACCGAAAGCUGCAAUUGAGAGAGAGCCAAACAACUCAAAGAAAUGGCAGAAAACAUCAACAAGGAGCAAGAGGAGAGAAGGAAAAAACUGGAAAAGAGAGAAGGACAGAAAAAUAAAAGACAUUAUACAACAGGACUGGGAGCAAAGACUUGUCGAAGAGGUGAAAGAGAGUAAAGAAGAGAUGGAAAAGCAAAAAAAGCUGUGGGAGGAGGAAAGAAGGGUGGCUUAAAAAUCUCAAGAAAUAGAAAAGGAAAUGUAUUUGGAGCAAAAGAAACUGAAAACGCUGCAAGAAGAAUAGAAAAGAAAGAGAAAGACAGGAAAUCAAAAAAGAAGAAGAUGAUCAAACUAGGACAGAGCAGGAGGAGAAGGAGAGAGAAGAACUGGAGUUACAAUACGAUACGUACCUGAAGGAAAUGUAGAAGCAAUAUGAACAGGAGGCCAGAAAGCUGACGAGUUGGUCUUCUUACAAUAAAGGUACUACAAUGACUUUGAAACGUUGGUAGGAAAUCAAAUGGGGGAAAUACAGGAACUGAAGCAAAUGCAUUCAAGAGCAACAACAACAGAGCCAACACCGACUGAUGAAACACCACGAGAUGUCACACCAACUGACUCAUCAAAUACGGAUUGAACACAGACAGAAUAAACAGCUGAAAGCACAACAACUGAAAG